ACAACCUCUACCUAUUUACAUUACCAACACCAUCACGAUUUCUUCACCGGCUACAUUGAUGUGUUAUCUCUAAACAAGGAUCUGGAAGAAUCAGUGGGCAAAAUGACAACAGAAACACAAGAAAUCAUAUGUGGGCCGUGUGACUUUCGAGAAAUAGCAAAACUAGCAGUCGUAUGGUGUCCGACUUGUGAUGAAGGAUUGUGCGACGAAUGCAGCGGCCAUCAUAGAGCAGCAAAGGCCACUAGAGGCCACCAGUUCAUAGAUAGUGAUCACUAUAAAGAAAUGCCUAGAAAAAUGAUUGAAGAGUUUAACAAAUGUCCCGAACAUGAUGAAAAGUACGAACUCUUCUGUCCAAAACAUGCAACUCAUUGUUGUGUACAAUGCGUGAAAGAAAAACACGCAAAAUGUACCGGAAUAACACUACUCAAAAAAGUCAUUGAAAACAUUAAGUCUUCCGUCACGGCAACUACAAUAAUGCAACAAAUAGAAAAAAGAAUGGAAGGACUGAGUAAACUAACCAAAAAUCGGGUGGAAAAUAUCAAUCGAAUAGAUAAACAGUCGUCGGAACUGUGCACUGAUUUUCGGCGCAUGCGUAAGGAAAUAGAUCUUGUGCUAGAUGAAUUUGAGAAAGAAUUGAGCGAGCAGGUAAUAUCAGUCAAGAACACACAAUCCUCUAUCGUAGACAACACCAUUGCUCAAAUUGCUACACAUGAGUCUGUAUACAAGGAAAUGUAUUCGGCUCUUCUUAAGGUGCUAGCAUACGGAAGUAAUUUUCAAGUAUACUCAGCGAUUAAAAAGAUUGAAGAAAAACUUAUGAAUGAAGAUAAAGAAAUUGAAUUGUUUUUUAAAAACGACAAUGGUUUACAAGAAAUAAAUAUUGCUCUCGAAUGCAGCCAACAGUUGUCUUCUCUGCUGACUGAAGACUUUUCACUCGCAACAGUCAGGACAUCUAAUUCCACUUUAGAAUGCGAUUUGAAAAUACUUGACAACCUGGAAGCACAAAAUCUAUCAACAACCGCCAGGACCACCGUGUCAGAAUUGAACAUCAAACAGUAUGUACAGACACGCAGGUCAACUAUUUCUUAUAUCUAAAUGAUAUAAACAUUACUAGUAUCGUCCCGUUGCCUUCUGGACAGACAGUCAUUACCGAUUAUGGAGGUAAUCUAGGUAUCCUGGUGUUCAAUAGUGUUGGUGGUUUAGACACCAGUUUUACUAACCUGGGUACUCCGCAUGGGGCAUGUUUGAUAAGUGAUUCUGUUGUUGCAGUGUCGUUCCCUUUGAACAAUAAUAUUAAAUUAUUACAAAUAAACUGGUUGACUUGUACAAUAAAGAAAACAUUUAAAUUCAACCAAACGUGUUUUGGUUUGUGUGUGAAUUCGGAAGGAAACAUUCUAGCCGCUACAAGAAAACCUGAUGACGGUUUAAUUAUCAUAAAUUUAAACGGAGAAAUUUUGAAGCGUAUUUGUGUAAGACUGCCAUCGAUCAAUUAUGUGCAAUGCGGCAAAAACAAAAUAAUUGUAGCCGAACUCGAAUCGAAUGAAAUUUUUAUAUAUGACCACGAAUGUAAGAAAAAUAUGCAAACAUUUACCUUCGAAGGCGAUUGUGAUACCAGGAACAUCUGCGUUGAUAAACACGGCAAUAUGUUUGUUAGUGCACUGAAGGCAAAAAAAGUUACCGUAAUUUCAGAGAAAGGUAACCACAGGCAAGAUAUUUUGGGACUGACGGAUGGAUUUUGUUGUCCAAAGGCAAUUGUUUAUGACCCGAAAAACAAUACCAUAAUAGUUGCAGACAAAGACGGGCAGUAUUCUGCUAUUUUUGACAUAGUUUACAAGUAGAUUUUUACAAACAACAAACGAUAAUUUUCCCAAGAGACUAUAUACCAGGUUUUAUUGCAAUAUUGCUUUUCUUGUUAACAUCGUAGAGGACCCUUGUACUUUGGGACAUACAGAUGUCGUUUAAAAAAUUGGGAAUAUUUGAAAUAAAGGUAUUGAUAAACAUAAAAAGAAAUGACCGAACUUCUCUAUUUAAAAAAUACUUGUUUAAUAUUUUUCAGUUUUAUAUGAUUGAUUGACAGAUUGAUUGUUGUUUGCUUAACGUCAUUUUAAAUUUCAAUCUCCCGAAACAAGUGUCCUCACUUACAAAGCAGAAGCACAACAAAAAAUUAAAACAACAAAAAGACCACAAAAAAUAAUAAAAAAAAAUAAAAAUAAAAAAAAAA